GCGUGUCGCCUAGCAAUGGGUCCGUCGCGGCAAACCGCUCCCCGGUCCGUCCGACAACCGGUUCCCCCGACAACACGCGCCCCGGGCCGGCAGUCCGACCCCGCCAUGACGCGAGUGAGCAACGAGACGUUCGGAUCGCUGCCGGACGGCAGCCCCGUGGUCCGCUUCACGCUGCGCUCCAGCUCCAUCACCCUCCGCGUCCUCUCCUUCGGCGCCAUCGUGACCAGCCUGGAGACCGAGGACCGCGAUGGGCGGGCGGCAGACCUGGUCCUGGGCUUCGACACCCUCGAAGGCUAUAUUAACAAGCAUCCUUACUUUGGAGCAGCAAUUGGCCGUGUUGCUAAUCGAAUCGCCCAAGGCAAGUUCAGUAUUGACGGAAAAGAUUAUCAGCUGGCCAUUAAUAAUGGGCCUAAUAGUUUACAUGGCGGCUUGAAAGGAUUUGACAAGGUCCUAUGGACACCUGAAAUCCUGCCAAAUGGAGUGAAGUUUUCGAUGACGAGUGUUGAUGGUGAUGAGGGGUACCCUGGGGAGCUGAGGGUCUGGGUGACGUAUGAGUUGAAUGGAGAAGAGCUGUCGAUUAACUACAGGGCCAAGACCUCCAAGACCACACCUGUGAACUUGACCAACCAUUCCUAUUUCAAUCUAGCCGGACAUGGAAUCCCCACAAUCUAUGACCAUGAGGUUUCAAUCGAAGCAGAGAACUACCUGCCGGUGGAUAAGACAUCAAUUCCGACUGGUGAAAUUGCGUCGGUGGUGAAUACGUAUUUUGAUCUGAGAAAUCCUGUUGUGCUUGGAAACCACAUUGAGAAUAAGCUAACUGAAGGCUUUGACCACAAUUUCUGCCUGAGCCUCUCCAAGCAACGGUCUCCUUGUGCAAGGGUUUAUCAUCGGCCGAGCGGCAGACUGCUGGAGGUAGAGACGACACAGCCAGGAAUUCAGUUCUACACUGCCAACUUUCUUGACGGGAGCUUGAAGGGGAAGGGAGGAGCUAUAUACCCUAAGCAUUCUGCUUUUUGCCUGGAAACCCAGAACUGGCCUGACGCUGUCAACAAGAUGGAAUUCCCAGACGUGCUACUGAGACCCAAUGAGGAAUAUAAUCAUACAACCUGGUUCAAGUUCUCUGUUGUAAAACAGUAACGUGAGCAGCUACAUUUAAUGCCUUAAUUGAAUAAAAACACUUUCUUAGAUGAUGGGGAAAUAGUCACAUGGAUGGCGUGGGUUUGAUGAAGCGAGAAAAGAUUUAACACUUUUAACAAUCACACUUCGUUUUGUGUCCAUCAGAGGGAGCACAUGUGCAGAAGUGCCAACCUUAGUGGCAAAUGCCUCUACUUCAGGGCAUUGCAUAAGAAAGGUUCCUCGAAAUAAAAUACUCUUCAUAUGAAUUACUGCAGGAAAUCGGUGUACACUAAUGUUACUGCAUAAUUUUAGCCUUUAAUAAUGUGUCAAAAAAUUGGACGUUUCGCAAUUUGAAGGAAUUUUAAGAUUUCAGUAGCUUUGCAAUUUGUAGAUUCUAUCAGUUAUUUGUAGUUAAAUCAAGCAGCUUUUAAAUAAUGUCUUAGUUUGUGUAACAUUGUAAUAGUUCUUUCAAUAGGUUUGAAUUUUUUUAAAUUAUUUCUGCGUUGUGCAAAUGAUAUUCCUACAUCACCAAUCAGUGCCUUUACACAUGGUAAUUUGAACAAGAGCAUGAAUGAAGUGACAAUUUAAAUUUUCUCUCGUAACUUUUUCAAAUCAUCAUAUAGCAUAGUAACAUGCCCUUUGGCCCAACUUGCAUAUGCUGACCAAGAUGCCUAUAGUCCCACCUACACACAUUUGGCCCAUAUCACUCUAAACCUAUCCUAUCCAUGUACCUGUCCAAAUGUCUUAAAUAUUGUAAUGUGUUAGAAGCAACUGCAGAUGAUGCUUUAAACCGAAGAUAGACACAAAAAGUUGGAGUAACUCAGCAGGACAGGCAGCAUCUCUGGAGAGAAGGAAUGGGUGAUAUUUUGGGUCGAGUCCCUUCUUCAGAUGUUAUUGUACAUGCCUCAACUACCUCCUCUGGCAGUUCAUUCCAUAUACUCAUCACCCUCUGAGUGAAAAGGAGCUCAUUGUAGACUUCAGGAAGUCCAGAGGUGGCAUGCACACCCCCAUCCACAUUAACGGGACGGAGGUGGAACGUGUUUCUAGCUUCAGUUUCCUGGGAGUCAACAUCUCCGAUGACCUCUCUUGGACCCACAAUACCUCUACUCUGAUCAAGAAGGCUCAUCAGCGUCUCUUCUUCCUGAGGAGACUGAAGAAGGUCCAUCUGUCUCCUCAGAUCCUGGUGAACUUCUACCGCUGCACCAUCGAGAGCAUCCUUACCAACUGCAUCACAGUAUGGUAUGGCAACUGCUCUGUCUCCGACCGGAAGGCAUUGCAGAGGGUGGUGAAAAUUGCCCAACGCAUCACCGGUUCCUCACUCCCCUCCAUCGAGUCUGUCCAAAGCAAGCGCUGUCUGCGGAGGGUGCUCAGCAUCGCCAAGGACUGCUCUCACCCCAACCAUAGACUGUUUACCCUCCUACCAUCCGGGAGGCGCUACAGGUCUCUCCGUUGCUGAACCAGCAGGUCGAGGAACAGCUUCUUUCCGGCGGCUGUCACUCUACUCAACAACGUACCUCGGUGACUGCCAAUCACCACCCCCCCCCCCCCCCGGACACUUAUUAUUAUUUAUUCAAAUCGUUUGCUAUGUCGCUCUUCCAGGGAGAUGCUAAAUGCAUUUCGUUGUCUCUGUACUGUACACUGACAAUGACAAUUAAAAUUGAAUCUGAAUCUGAAUCUGAUUGCACCUCAGGUUCCUAUUAAAUCUUUCCCCUCUCACCAUACCCCCCCCCCACACAUCCCGGUUCUUGAUUUUCCUACUCAGGGUGAACAUGCAGUGUCUUUUACCCAAUCUGUGCCCCUCAUGAUGUUAUACACAUCUUUAAGAUCACCCCUCAUCCUCCUGUGCUCCAAGGAAUAAAGUCCUAGUCUGCCCAACUUUUCCCCAUUGCUCAGGCCUUCGAGUCCUGGCAACAUCCUUGUAAAUCUUCUCUGCGCUUUCCAGUUUAACAACAUUAAGAAAGUCUGAAGAAGGGUCUCAACCUGAAACACCAAUUCCUUCUCUCCAGAGAUGCUGCCUGUCCCGCUGAGUUACUCCAGCUUUUUGUGCCUAACCUUCCUGCAAAAUAUUGACUCCAAACAUUUUUAAAAUAUAAAUUUCAGUUCCCUCCCCGGUUAUUUAACCAGUUUUAUGAUAAACCAUUACCUUUUCCAGAUGAGCUACAAAAUUGAAAAUGAAUACAUUAUUUAUUCCUUAUUUCUCCUGAUGACUAAAAUAGUUUGCAGAAAGAUGACUUGCUGUGAAUUUGCCAUGAAUUACAUACAUACCUAGAACAGGAACAGGCCCUUCAGCCCACAAUGUUUGCGCUGAACACAAUGCCAAGUUAAUCUCUUCUGUCUGCACAUGAUCCAAAUCCUUCCAUUUCAAUGUGCUAAUCUAAAAAGCCUCUUAAACGCCACUAUCGUAUCUGCCUCCACCACCACCUCUGCCACAAACCAGGUUUACAUUCCUCACUUAUUAGAAUCUACACACGGCACUCUUCUGGGAAUAUUAAUAAUUGCAGUGUUUCAAUGUCAAGUUGUACUUAUCCUACCAUGUAGUACUGUAUUUCCCAAUUUAAUGAACUGGAAUUUACAAUAUCUAAUAAAAAUAUGCACAAGUUCAUUUACAA